UACAGGCGCUUGGGCUCGAGAUAGCUCUCGAAGACGUCAUCCUCGUCACCGGUGUAGACCGUACCACCUCUUGGGGCACGGCCGUUUGGACGGAUGCACAUCUCGAUGCCAAAUUCGGUUUGGAUGUUCAAUACGCCGGCGCAGGAGUGCAACUUGCUGCUGAGUUCUCGUGGAAGCAUACGCAGGGCGCUAUGGUCAAUCAUGGUCCCGUAAAUCACCAUCGUCGACCUCUUGCUGCGCUGAACACAAACGUGGCACGCCGUUCUUCGACUGACAGGCCUCUCAAUGAGGAAUGCAAUCAGUCCAUCUUCAUCCGGCAUAUCCGGGCCAAACGCCGUCGUUGGCUGGGACUCAAACUCAAGGCGAAUGGUCAACGCAACGACGAGGAUGAUGAGAGGGUCUCCGAUUCGGACGACGAGUGCAUGCCUGAUGGUUUAGUAUUGGAAAGCUCUCCAGAGCGCCCAGAGUUCUCGGACUGCCUGGAUCCGAUACUAGACCACAUACUUGCGAACUGCGACGCAGACAUGGUCAUCGCGAGCUACGAGGACUUGACAUUGAUGUCUCAGCCUAACGAUCUUGCGUCCUUGCUCGAAGUUCAUGGCGGCUACGGCACGCUGCGAAAUCCCUCUGCGUGUAGGGCUGGAGCUGCGAUUGGCCCGUCAGAGUGUGAUUGUGGUGCCCAGAACCUGUCGUCUUUUGUGACCUCUAAUAGGAAUGAUGAUUCAAGCUCUCAGCACGACAGUGGGCUGUCGGGGAGCACUAUCCCUGAUAGUGCAGGGCAUGUUAAUAUAACGCGAGAUAGCGCUGGUACACAGAGUUCCAUUCAUACUCGAAGAACAUCUUUGCAAAAGCGCAACCACCGACGUGCAGCGAACGCGCCGUACCCACCACAGCCUCCGGAUUCCUCGUCGUCGUCGGGGGUGACUCGUCGCCAAACCUCAUCCUCGACCGCGCGUCGAAAGGCGCGUUUGGUCAGGACUGUGCAGCCUGACCCCGGCGCCGCUGUCUGCAAAGCCGACUGCGACCAACAAUUGCACCGCAGUCUUGCUUUACAAGUGUCGCAUUCGUUCACCGCGCCUGCCAUACCGUACAACUCUCCUGAGGGCGCCUACGUGCAGUCUCCCGCGGAUGUAGCGAUUGUUGUCAGAGACCGUAUUCCCGCCAUUCGACAGCCUUUGCGAGCCUUGAAUACCAAUACCUGGUCAUGA